AUGAGGAAACUUUUGCUCCAGAUCCUACAGAACUCCACAGCUAUGCCCUUCACGAGGUGGGGCAACACAUACAAAUGUUUCUUCUGCCAGAAAAACUUUCAGAAGGCCAGCGAUUUAAAAAAUCACACCACCACUCAUGUAGACCUCGAGCAGAAAUUCAGAACUGUGAAUCGAUGUGGAGAUGGUCUGAGAAGCUUUAUCAAACUAGAUGUUACUCAGUUAAAAUGUAACACAUGCGACAGCGAAUUUAACUCGUUAAGAAACUUCUUAACUCAUUUGACUGAAGUCCACAACGAAAAACUGGAUAUGGAACCUUUAAAGUAUAUAGACAGCUACAAAUUAACAGACGGUGAAAUGAAAUGUCUAAUUUGCGACGAGAAUUUUCAAUAUUUCAAUCAGCUACUCCUGCAUACGUUGAGAAUGCACAAAGUGAGGCAGUUUAUAUGCGAAAUCUGCGGCGUCAACUACGCUACCAAAAAAAGUUUAUCUAAACAUUACCAAAGCGCUCACGAAACUAAUCAGAAAACAUACACCUGCAACCAAUGCGGCAAGAACUUCGCGACUCUGCACAAACGUGUUAAUCACGAGAAGCGAAUACACGAUAUGAAAGCUAGCACAUGUGAUAUUUGUAACCAAAUCUUAGGCAGCGCGUUUAAAAAGGCAACCCACAUGGCCAACGUCCACAAUGUUAGACAGUCCGAAUUUAAAUGCGACAAUUGUCCUAAAGUUUUCCUGCUUGCAAGUCAGCUACAUAUUCACAAUAGGAGGAUGCACAUGAAAGAAAGAACCAAAGUUUGCGACGUGUGCGGUGACAAAUUCUUUGAUGAUCAUCAUUUGAAGUUGCACAAGGUUAAACACAGCGACGCAAAGCCUUACGAGUGCGAUAUCUGCAUGAAGAAGUUCCCUCGAAAAAAGGCCCUAGUGUUACACACGAAGAUACACACGGGAGACAAGACGUGCGUGUGUCAAGUGUGCGGGGAGGCGUUCGUGCAGACCACCAGCUUGAAGCUGCACGUGCGGGUGCAUCACGGGAUUGGGAAGAAACAGUCGAAGUGAUGUGCGUGUAUCAAUUAAAU